AUGGCGUCCACCUCGCGCUCUCUCGCGCCGUCUCCGACGCGCGAUGUCGCCUUCGAUCGCGGUCGCCGCGCCGGCGACGCGCGAGCGACGCGCGCGCGCGCGCAUCGCCGCCGUCGCCCUCGCGCGUCCUCAGCCACGGAAAUUGGCGCCGACGUCAUCGCUGUCGCCGCGUCCCCGGCCCCGUCCGGUCGCGGCGCGUCUCCGUCCCCGCCCGACGGCUACGGGUUCUCCGCCGCGGGGAUGAUCUUCCCGUAUCACGUCGGCGCGUGGAGGGUCCUCAGCGAGACGAACCUCAUCGGCCCGACCACUCCCGUCGCGGGCGCGUCCGCGGGAGCGCUCGUCGCCGCGUUCAUCGCGUGCGGGAUGACCCCGGACGACGGCGAGCGCGCGCUCAUGCGCGUCCUGCGCGACUGCCGCGCGAACGGCGUGCUCGGCCGCGUCGGCGCCGUCCUCGAGGCGACGCUGCGAGAGGAGCUCCCGCGGGACGCGCACGAGCGGUGCUCGAGAGGGAACCUGCACGUGUCCAUCACGACGCCGAAACUUCUCGGACCGUGGAACGCGGGCACGCCGGAUGAGAAUCGCGUCGGGUUCAACGGCGGGCCGGUCGCGCUCGACGGCGAGCUCGUGAGCGCGUUCGACACCUUCGACGACCUCGUCGGCGCGCUGCUGUCGUCGUGCCACAUUCCGUUGUACUGCGGGUGGCCGACGCGCGCGUACAGAGGGAAGCGUCGCGUGGACGGCGGCUGGACGAAUCUCGCGCCGACGCCGCCGGGGAGUCUCAACGCGACGAGAGUCGCGUCGUUCCCGCUGUUGGACGCGUGGAACGCGACCGUGGAGGGCGACGGCGCGGCGACGGGGAACUUCUUCGCGAAGGAGGCGUCGUUCUGGGCGGGGUGGGGCGACGACGAGUCGAGAGGGUCGCUCAUCGCGCCGGACGCCGCGGGGGGGGUCUCCGACGUGGAUUACGUCACCUUAGGGAAGUGGGCGCUGCUCCCGGCGAGCGACGACAUCUUGGACGAGCUCGUGGAGAUGGGGAGGCGAGACGCCGCGCGGUGGGUGGAGGUCAACGGGUUCUGCGAGGACAGAGCGGCGGCGGCGGCGGUCGCGACGGCGGACGCCGCGACUGGCUCGUAG